ACAUCACCCUUCUGUUAACUCCUCCCCUCCAUCUGUACCGUUUAAGGGUCUGCAGUUCAGCUAACCGAGAUAAAAAACCAGAUAAUUUAGAGUUGAAGUAAUGGAUAAAAAUAUACCUCGGUACAAUGUUCAACUGUAUAUUUACGACCUGUCAAGAGGAAUGGCUCGCAGCCUUAGUCCUAUCAUGUUAGGUAAACAGCUGGAUGGUAUAUGGCACACAGCUAUAGUGGCAUAUGGUGAUGAGUUCUUCUUUGGAGGGGAGGGCAUCUCCAGCUGUUCACCGGGAGGGACGAUGCUGGGGCCUCCAGACACGGUGGUGGAGCUGGGCGAGACCGAAGUGACGGAGGAGAUCUUCAUGGACUACCUCUCCUCUCUGGGAGAAACGACAUACAGAGGCGACAGGUAUCGUCUGUUCGAGCACAACUGCAACACGUUCACCAACGAGGUGGCCCAGUUCCUGACUGGCAGGUCCAUCCCGUCGUACAUCACAGACCUGCCGUCGGAGGUCCUCUCCACACCGUUCGGCCAAAUCCUUCGACCGAUCCUCGACUCCAUCCACAUCUCCCCGCCCGGAGGCAACAUCAUCAACGGCGGGAGGAACAUCUGACCGCCUGUUGGAGCCGCCCGGUGUUCUGCAGGUCUCUUUCAGUGUUGCUGAUCUCUUUUAAUUCUUUUGUUUCCCGUCUUUGUUUCUCAUUCGUUCUGCAUAAUAAGUGACCACCGACUUAAGGGGGAAAUAUUUUUCACAUCCAAGAGAUUUUACAGCAUGCCAGUGAUUUGACAGUAGAGGCGACGCAUCUUGUUUUUGGUCUUUGUGCGAUUUGUGAAAUUGAAACAAACAAAAACACAGCAUUUAAUCAAUGCAGUUCAAUUUUCACAUAAAACCAACUUGGUUUGGAUAACCUUUUUUUUUUUCUUCCCCUCAAUAAACACAAUCUUCAUUUGGAAACUGUACAUUUUUUUUAAAUUCGCCUAAGUUAUCAUUGUCUGAUAUGAAAAUGAGAAAAAAAAUGAGAAUUGUAUAUUUAAUCAGUUAAUGUAGGAAACAGAUUCUGAUAUUUACUCUCAGUAUAAGAUGAAGAAUAACAUAAUAAAGUCUUCAUGUGACGUAAAUAAGGAGCUCAAUUCCACUUUGUAAUGGAUAAAUUAAUCAAAAUCCCUGAAGGUUUUACUCUGAAACAAAAUUUUCCAUUGAAAAUUUAGUGUUAAAUUACACUUGACUAUGUUAUUCAUCGCUGGAGUUUAUUCUUUAAACGUAUUUAUAUUUGGUAAAGUCAUCCUGACUUUAAGUCGGUCACAUUUCUAUAUUUGCACCUUGUUCAUGUUUGUUAGCCUUUAGUUUAUGUCCAAUCAACAUUUUUUUUUUAUACGUGUCUGUAAUCUGUUUUGAUUUAUAUUUUCAUUUUGUUGACGCACAAUAUGUUGUUGAGGAAUAAGAAUAACUUAAACAUUUUCCUCUAUAGAAAUGACUCCAUAUUUUUCCAUUUUGUUUGUGUUCAGUACAUAAAGAGUUUUCUUUAAAAUUCCAUCCUGCUCUCUCAACAAUACAACGAUAACCUGCUUGAGUCCUUUAACAGCCACCAGAGUGUGUUUGAACUCCAGCACACCUCUGUGCCUUCAUCCCCCUCUGCCUAACUAGACUCUCAGCCUCCAUAAGGCUGUUUAAAGUUGACAUAGUGUCUAUAUAACAAAGAAGAUAUAAUAAUAUGAAUUACACAUCUAGUGCGCAAAGCAACACCCUCUACCAUCUUAUUGUAGAACACGCGUGAUGCACCGCUUUGAGUACAACACAGCACCCGUCCACACACUUACUGCUACCCCGGGUAAAAUGACUGGAAGUAAAUUAAUCUUUUAUCGAAGCAGAAAUAUUCUCAAACGCCAAAGAAUUUGAGAAAUCGAUUGGGAAUUGGGAGUGUUUUUAGCGUUAGCCACUCUUGACCCGGAUGUUUUGAAGAACCCCUUUUGGGUAAUUGGACAGGGUUCCAUCACCCCACAACUUUGUUUUUUGUUUUUAUUUUACAGGAUUUAAGUCUCAAGGCUGAGACGGCCUUGGAAGAAAGAUAGUUUUGUGUCCCAUCAACCGUUUCUGUGGCCAAAUUCUCUUCACCAUCGUUCUGCACAACUACCCAAAGUUAGUUCAAUUUCAGUUUUCUGCCAAAAAAAGUCACUUCUUCUGAUAUAUUUCAGAUUCUCCUAUAGUCCGACACAUUGCACCACAGUCGGCAUGCAGCGCUUAUCCAAAUAUUCAUCCGCCAGGAGUUUUUGUCUUCAUCGUUUAAUCUUUAAUCACAAUCCCAUCUGAACCGAAGACACAACUCUUGAUAAAUUCGCCACAGUGUCAAGCAAACUCCACAUGUUUACGUUUGUAAAGGUUGGAAGCUCUUUUCCUGGGAUGCCUCCAAGGUGACUGGCAUGUAGGUCACGACUUAUGGUUGCUAAGGAAACGUGGCUUUCUUUUAACUCCCUUACCAUAUUUCUUACUGUGCACUGUGGCAAAUCUUCAUCAUGUUGCUUUUACCUUUUUAAUUAUUGCUUUAGCAGAGAAAACCUAAACUCUGCUAUUUACCAACUUUCCAAGAUCUGCCUUACUUAAACCUUCUCUCUUCCCAUUUUGAAGAGAAUUUGGCCUUUUGUCAUGUCAUGUUUUCACCACUAGGCAAACAGGAUGUUGUGAUGGUCAAAGUUCCUGAUCUACAGAUAGCUAAGGGAUAUUUCUAAAUGUUCUACACUGAAUAAACGUACUAAAACUAAAGGGUGUAAAAUUAUUCUCCUGCGAUGAAAGAUUAAUUUGUUUCAAGGCUUUUUAAAUAUCCUUAGCAGGGGUGCCAAUUAGUGCGGGAGGGGCGCAGUACACUAAUUAAACGGCUUUAGGGUCUUUCCAGAACCUUUUUCUGCACGAACACAAACUACGAGCACAGUAUCGAGAAGCAAGAAUCUCCGAGGGUCUAAACCAGCAUUAAGCUUCAUGUUCUCGUGCAAUAAACAAACCUUCCACCCUCGCUUUCCCAGCAGCCACUGGGGUCGGCCAUUCUUAGUCUCGCUCUCCUGCAUCAGGACGCAAAUGCUCCAGGAGAACUUGAGAGUUCCCCACCUUCUCUCCAGCUCACUGACACACCAACCCGACCGCUGAAAUGUAUCGCUGAACAAGUCGCCCUUUAUCGCGCCGGUGUACGUUGUUGCUUGCUGCUAGCCGUCCUGUGAAACUGCAGAUUGCACCAGAUAUUUAUAGGUAUUGUUUACCGAUUUAUUUAAGAACAAAACAGUGUUAUAUAUUUCUGCACUUUGUAUUGUUUGUGUAAUGUGGGUUUUUGUUUUUUCCUUGGUAUUUCUUUGUAAAUCUAUCUGUGAAUUAAAGUCGUUGAAACUC